CUUUGAUCUAUUCGCGUGGGUUAAACGAGCAGCCUAUUGGCUCUUGGAGUUUAUACCAUUUGAUAUUUUAAUAACCUUUGCAUGGAUAGCACAAAUUGCCGAGCCUAUUGCCGAUAUCGCAUUGUCUUUUGCAAAUCUUCUGCGUCACCAGCAACAAUUAAGGGAGGAUCCACAAGAUUCAUCCAUGAUAUUUCACCCUUCGAAAUGGAUGUUAGAAGUGCAAACGGGGGGUCAUUUUCAUCAAAGAUUUCAUGAAUAUACAAGAAAUGCUGCAUUUGGGUUGGAUAAGUCUGUAUAUCAUUGUUUGGAUAAAUUGAGUGAUGAGGAUAUUGGUGUGUUGGAACAGCUCCAGCAUGCAUGGCCUGACCCUGUAAAUCUGGCUACAAAGGAUGUUAAGUUACUUAUACAAUCAAUGAUGCCACUUGUGUAUCAGGAAGAUAAGGUGUCUCAGGCCUGA